AUAAAAUAACAUCCUGAAAUCUUCAUACAGCUUUUUGUAAAAAAUUUGAAUUUAAAUAAUUAACGAAGAUAUUGUCUGAAAUAUAAUUUAACUAAAACGAUGGCUUCAACUAGUGCCGAUUCUCAAAGCACUACAGCGCAAAAAACGUGGAUCAUGGCAAACAACAUAGAAACAGUAUCUAGCGUCGAUGAAAUCUAUCGGUAUGAUAAAAAACAACAGCAAGAUAUUCUUGCAGCAAAACCAUGGGAGAAAGACCCUCAUUUCUUCAAAGACAUCAAAAUAUCGGCACUAGCUCUACUGAAAAUGGUUAUGCAUGCUCGUUCGGGAGGUACUUUGGAAGUGAUGGGUCUAUUACUUGGUAAAGUUGAUGCCAACACAAUGUUAGUGAUGGACUCAUUUGCAUUGCCUGUAGAGGGAACAGAGACCAGGGUUAAUGCCCAAGCACAAGCCUACGAAUACAUGACUGCUUACAUAGAGGCGGCAAAACAGGUUGGUCGUCAUGAGAAUGCCAUUGGCUGGUACCAUAGCCACCCUGGUUACGGUUGCUGGUUGUCUGGUAUUGAUGUCUCCACUCAGAUGCUCAACCAAAACUUCCAGGAGCCAUUUGUGGCGAUCGUUAUUGACCCAGUGAGAACUAUCUCGGCUGGAAAAGUGUGCCUCGGUGCUUUCAGAACAUACCCUAAGGGUUAUAAACCAGCUAAUGAAGAGCCAUCAGAGUACCAAACCAUACCUCUGAAUAAGAUAGAAGAUUUUGGUGUGCAUUGCAAGCAGUACUAUUCGUUGGAAGUAUCAUACUUCAAAUCGUCUCUGGACCGAAGGCUGCUGGACUCGCUGUGGAACAAGUACUGGGUGAACACACUCAGUAGUUCCAGUCUCAUCACAAAUGCGGAUUAUACAACUGGACAGAUAUUUGAUUUGUCCGACAAACUGGAACAGAGUGAAGUUUGUUUGAGUCGUGGUGUUUUCCUAGUCGCGGGCGCUGAUCCUCAUGAGAAGCGUUCCGAGGACAAACUGAGUAAAGCGACCAAAGAUGCCUGCAAGACAACUAUAGAAGUCAUCCAUGGUCUGAUGGCACAGAUGAUCAAGGACCGACUGUUUAACGGAAUCAGCGGCAGACCUACGUCUACACCCAUGAUUGAAUAAUUUAUAUCAAAAUUUAUUCAGAAUUUGAACGUAGAAAUUGUGAACACUUAUAAUUAUCCUCUCAUUUUGAAAUUCCCACUUGUAAUCCUAUAAUAAAUUAAGUUAAUUGAAU